ACCCAGACAACCGAACUUAUUGACGCCGCCCUCUGUUUAUGCGCCCUGUCUACGGACCCUAAUUCAAUCCGGUUUGCGCGCUUCACGGCAGCCGAAUUGGAGCAGCUGACGCCACAGCUGAUUAACGCGUCCAAAGUCCUUGCUUUGAGACCCACUUCCACGGCCGCUCUGGGGAACUACAGCCUCUUUUCAACCACCUACAAAAGUUUCGUGGAGAUGCUGCAGACAGCUAUGGAUGAUUUGACUGACUCCACAGAUCUCCUUAUAACCUACGACGAGCUCCUUCGUGAGGACUUAGCCAGCUGCGAACGUCAGGCUGCGGUAAGCCAUCUGAUUGCGUACAGUAUCUAG